CUCGCCGCGACGUCGCGGCGGCAGUUGGCAGCGACACCGGACUGAAUAUCGCUGAAAGCUCCGCGCGGGGAGCGAGUGCGCGCGCGCCAGUACCCCUCCGACCAGCGAUGCUGUGCUGUCUCCGGAAAUAGAAUCGGUGGUUCGGGUGCGCGUGUGUGAGUGCAAAUGACUGAUAGCCCGACUUAGCCGGGCUGGAACUGUACAAAAUGUGGACCAAAAGGCAGUUAUGGAGGUUUAUGUUGUGCAUACUGUUCGCCGUGUCGGCGCUGGCCGCGGCCGCGAGAGCUGAUGACGUGCCGUCAGAGUCACAAUGCCGACCUUACAUCGAGAAAGCUCUCAAAGAGCUCGAAAGCGACGCAGAUGCAGAUUCCUCAGAAAAACACGACAGUAGUGAAUUAAGUAUAGACAUCGAAACGAAAGAAGCAGAUUCAGCAGAAGACAGUGGGGAUGCAGCAGAUACGGAUAGUAAGGAAGAUGGACCAUCGGUUGAAGUAGCUGACGAGCCAUACGUUGCUCAUGCUUCGAUAGAAGUGGAAGGUGGAGCCAACGACAACGAAUCGAAAGAAGAUGAAGCGACGGUAGAGGAAGUGGACGCUGAGAGCGCAGAAGGCGAUGAGCAGGACAGCAAAGAAGAAGGAGACAGCAAAGAAGAUGGAGACAGCAAAGAAGAUGGAGAAGCAUCAGCUGAAGAACAGGCAGCCGGAUCAGAGAGCGGCGAAGACAAGGAUGAAUCCGAACAACCUCAAACCGAUGACAGUAAAGAAGACGGCGGGGAUGACGACGAUAACGAUAGCAAAGAAAAAGACUCGGAAGACACUUCAGCCGAAGAAAAACCAUCAGAUGAUGAUGACGAUGACAACAAAUCUGAUGAAGCUGCCGACGCAUCCGAAGAACAGGUAGAAGAAGGUGAUGACUCUAAAGCCUCAGAUGAUGGCGAUGGAUCUCAAGAAAAGGCUGAAUCUACAGAAGACAAGGAUGAAUCUAAGGAAGAUGCUACAACCGAGGACAAAGGUGACUCUUCUGAACAUGGCGAUACUUCCCAGGAAGAUGAUAAGUCAGGGGAGAAUGAACAGGCUGAUGAAGCAUCAAAAGAUGACGACGAUGAUAAGUCCGGCGAAGAAACGACUGAAGCUGGCGAUAAGUCGGGUGAAGAGAAAGAUUCAAAGGAAGGCGGUAAAUCCGUAGAAGGAGAAGAAUCGGAAGAAGGUGACAAAGCGUCGGAAGAGACUGAACAAGCAGAUGAUGAUGAAAAGGAUUCAGAAGAAGAAUCAACUGAAGGAGAAACAGAAGAAGAGGCAGCUGAGGAGGAGUUGCUAAAUGUUCCUGAAAUUCCCGAGAAUUUAAGGUCUCGCGACCAUAUUGCCCAAAUACUUAGAUUAGAUGAAGAAGCAAGUGAAGCUGAAUUGACCAUAGAGAAAUCGGCUGAAAUUGUACUGAGAGAUAUUAAAAGAUUGUACGAAAAUUCCAUUAAACCAUUAGAAACUCUUUACAAGUACAGAGAUUUGAGCAACAGACAUUUUGGUGACCCAGAAAUAUUUUCGAAGCCACUCGUUUUAUUUAUGGGACCAUGGAGUGGCGGAAAAUCUAGCAUUUUGAACUAUUUGACGGGACUCGAAUUUACCGAGUGGUCUUUGAGAACAGGUGCUGAGCCAUCCCCUGCGUAUUUUAAUAUUCUGAUGCACGGAAAGGAUCCAGAAGUACUCGAUGGCACUCAACUUGCUGCUGACUGGACUUUCUCAGGACUUCAAAAGUUCGGCCAAGGUCUAGAAGAGCGUCUUAGGGGGCUCAAACAUCCCAGCAAAAUAUUGGAGAAGGUGAACAUCGUAGAGAUCCCCGGUAUCCUGGAAGUCAGGAAACAAGUUUCUCGCGUAUUCCCCUUCAAUGACGCUUGCCAGUGGUUCAUCGACCGGGCCGACAUCAUCUUCCUCGUUUAUGAUCCUUCUAAGCUUGACGUUGGACCAGAAACAGAAGCCAUUCUUGACCAGUUGAAGGGCAGGGAAUCCCAGACUCGCAUCGUGCUGAACAAGGCGGACACCGUGAAGCCUGAAGAAUUAAUGCGUGUCCAGAGUGCAUUAAUUUGGAACAUCUCCCCCCUUAUGAGCUCCGCGCAACCUCCAGUGAUGUACACGGUAUCCCUGUGGUCGAUGCCGUUCGAGGCGGGGGCGCCCGUCAGGCUGCUGCAGGCACAGGAGCGCGAGCUCCUGCGCGACCUGCGAUCAGCCAUUGACAAACGCGUUGAAAACAAGAUCUCCAGCGCGAGGAGAUUUGCCGUUCGGGUGCGAAAUCACGCCAAGAUGGUCGACUGCUACUUAACAACAUAUUACAACCACAAGACGAUAUUCGGAAACAAGAAGCUUAUUGCCGAUGCUAUCAUUGAAAAUCCUCAGAACUACCACAUCUACGAGGGUCUCAGCACACUUACUAACAUUUCCAGAUACGACUUGCCGGACCCUGAGACAUACCGAGACUUCUUCCGUCUGAACCCGCUGUACGAGUUCCAGCAGCUGUCGGCGACAUGCACGUACUUCCGGGGCUGUCCCAUCAACAAGCUCGACGUCGCCAUCGCGUACGACCUCCCCGAGAUUGUCGGCAAAUACAAGAAGAUGGUGGAGACUUCCACGCCCCAGGGCAUGCCCAAGAGUUGAUACCAUCCCGAACGAACGAAAUCCGCGCACCGCGCCGUCCUAACCUGCUUUUUAUUUUUAGAUAUUUAAAUUGGACAUUUAUUUCGGGCACAUUUUGCAUUUCUUUUUUAAUCGGGCAUCAGGUUAAUUCUUUUUCUUAAAAUGGCAUUUCUGUUUCGUAACUUAUUUAUAUUUUUGCUUAUUCAGAACUUGAACAAACGCUUAUUCCUUUUUAUCAUUGAGGAAGAGGUAUUGUAUCGUGUAACUUUUCUAUUGUGAGUUUCUUCGUGCGUUUAGCUAUACCUACAGCUUGAAAUUCCCAGUAGGUACCUACCAACAUCUUGUGAAUGGGCCCAAUUUACCUAACUGCUUACGCGAACAAGCUAAAAUAUCUGAACACUUUUCUUGCAGAAACAUAAUUAUUAUGAUCAUCAAAAUUAUAAAAGAUAACAUAGUGAUCGGAUGGUCGAUUAAGCAACGUGUCUCAGUGGUCAGAUGUUUUUCUUAGACUCGCGUAUACAAUACUCUUGGGGGUUGGGGGUUUAUUUUAUAGCUGAUAUUACCAUCCUACAAGACAAUUUCCAAAGUCCUAAUACUCCUAAUUAACACUUAUUAGGAACGAGUCGCAGAACUAUUAAAUUAAUCUAGUCAUUAUAUUAAAGUUUGUUAGAGAGAUAGGUAUUGUUAUUUAUUAUUUGAAGUGAAUUCCUACAAUCCUUAGAGGACUAAUCGUGUAUCAUUUUUGUUAUCGCCUGAUUAUUUCUUUGAUAGAUAUUUAAUGAAACACAAUGUGACUACCUAUGUAAGGAAAAAUUGAAUAAAAAUGUCAUAAAAAC